AUGUCUCAACAAUCACAGAUCAACGGAGCCAACGGGGCAGGUAGCCUGAAUGGCAUCAGCGAGCGUACCCGUGCCAAAUGGGCCGCUAGUUCCCCAGAGGAAAUUGCUGCUCGUCUUCCUCCAAUGCUGGACUUGACCACCGAGAAUAUCACGGAAAAUGUGAUGCAAAUCAAUUCCAUGUGUGAGAACCCGCGUAUGCGGUAUCUCAUCACGAAGCUUGUCAAAGCCUCGCAUGACUAUGUGCGAGAUGUCGGCUUGCAGUUUGAUGAAUGGGAACAGGCAUGGCAAUACUUGACACGUGUUGGUCAAAUUUCUACCGAUGUGCGCCACGAAUUAGUCCUACUGUCUGAUAUCCUGGGUAUCUCUGCUCUCGUUGACUCUCUCUCGUACCCCACGGUGCCCGGCGCGACUGAGUCAUCUGUCCUGGGCCCAUUCCACGAUGAAGAAGCCCAUUCGUUCGAGUAUGGAGAUUCUAUCACUGUGGAAGGAACCCCUGGUGAACCGACGAUCGUUCGUGGCUUUGUUCGAGACACUGAGGGCAAUUCCAUUCCUAAGGCGUUGAUCGAUGUCUGGGAGACGGAUGGCAAUGGUGUAUACGACCUGGAAUACGAGGGCAGCAAGGAUCCAAAUUGCCGUGGCAAGAUCUUCACAGAUCCUAAGGGCCAUUAUCUUUUCAAAUGUGUCAAGCCGGUGGCAUAUCCGAUUUCCAAUGAUGGACCAGUUGGAGAGCUUCUACGCAAGCUAAACCGACAUUGGUACCGUCCUGCUCAUAUGCAUUUCAUGGUCAUGCAUCCUGAUUACACCAAAUUGAUCACGGCGCUUUACUCUAGUGAUAGUAAAUUUGUUGACAGUGAUACCGUCUUUGGCGUUAAGAAGAGCUUGAUUGUGGACUACAAAUGGUCUGAGGACUUGGAGCUAGCUAAGCAGCACAACCUGAUCCCUAUGGUGAAGACCAUUGAUGGUCGCGAGUCUAAGGGGUUCUGGCUGCUGGAGCGUGACUUUGUUAUGGUCAAAACGAGCACGCCCCCUCCCCGCAAGACGAAGGAUAAAUGA